AGCUCACAGCAGCCGACCUCAACACAAUAACGGCUACGCUACACUUCCGUUUGCGUCUGACGUCUCUUCCGUUUCUCUGGGCAACAGAGAGACGCGGAGAAAAGGCAAGAGUUUUCUCAACUGUUCACAGACAAAAUGGCAGGAACUGAGCACGCAGAAGUUGAGGAAACACUGAAGAGGAUCGAAGUCCAUAAAGGUGUGAUUGGAACAAUUGUUGUUAAUGCAGAAGGUAUUCCCAUAAGAACAACUUUAGAUUUCUCCACGGCAGUUCAGUAUGCAGGACUUCUUCGAACCCUCACAAUAAUGGCGAGGAGCACAGUGAGGGACAUUGACCCUCAGAAUGACCUCACCUGCCUUCGCAUACGCUCCAAGAAACACGAGAUCUUGGUUGCACCAGAGAACGACUUUCUGCUGAUAGUCAUCCAGAACCCAUGUGAAUAGCUUCUGGACAUUUCCAUGACAGUCAGCCGUUGGUUUGUCCCAUGAUGGGGCUUGAUUCAGGCAAAAAUAUACUUUCCCACUGUGUUAUGUUGCUCCAUGUACUGCAUAAUCCCUUGUUCUACUUGGAACUCAAGUGUGUCGCCUUCAUCUACAUGAUGCAUUGUUUAUUUAGCUCAUGUAAUUCUUUCCUUUUUUUGUCUUUGCGUUGAUAUUAAAUAAGUCUGUGAAAUAAUAAAGUUUCUGGUGGUUGUACAAUA